AUGGCACGAUUCGCAGAUUCAUUAGCUGCUGUCGCAGGACUAUCUGGCGUCGCAUUUCACGUUCUCCUCUAUCGUCAUGGAGAAUGGGACCUUAAAGCCCCUGAGAUCGUUAUAAAAUAUGCAAUCACUCUGGCUACACUCCUUACAUUGGAUUGCCUAGAGACACUUCAGAAAUUUGAGAUCGAUUUGAACGCUGGCUGGUCCCUGAAAAUUCUUGUAUUUCAUGUCGUGGGUGUUUACAGUAGCAUGCUUCUCUAUAGAGGUGCUCUGCAUCGGCUCAACAGAUUUCCAGGUCCAAUUUUCGCUCGAUUGUCCAACUUUUACGUGACUUUCCUGUCUGCCAAAAAUUUCCGUCUUUAUGAGGAGACUGAAAAGCUUCAUCAGAAAUACGGCGAUUACGUCCGCAUCGGUCCCACCGAACUAUCCAUUGCGGAUCCGGCUGCGGUCGCAUUUAUCUACAGCUCCAAGGCGAAUGUUUCGAAAGGUCCAUGGUACAAUUGUCUUGAGCCUCGAUUCUCACUUCAGACCGAUAGAGAUAAGGCAUCCCAUGCAAAAAGACGGAAGGUCUGGGAUCAAGGUUUUAGUACUAACGCACUACGAGAUUACGAGCCGAGAGUUGUUCAUUAUGCAUCACAACUCAUCCAAAAGAUCCAGAAGCACCUAAAUAAACCUAUGGAUAUGACUCGGUGGUUCAACUAUUAUGCGAUAGAUGUGAUGGGCGAUUUGUCUUUCGGCAAAUCAUUUGACAUGAUCUUAGACGGAAAGGACAAGUAUUUCUAUACUCAAUUACAUGCCGAUAUGAAAAUGAUCGGCCUAUUCAGCCAUUUAAUGUGGCUUUUUCCAUUUUUCAAAAUCAUCCCGCUGAUCAAUGCCGACUAUCUCAAAUUUUGGGGUUGGCUCGAUGACCAGGUUCAACACCGAAGACAAAACCCACCUUAUCGUCCAGACGUCUUUCAUUGGCUUAUCAAGGCAUUUGAACAAGGUUCCAAGACUGAACAGGAUUUUCUCAACCUUCAUGGAGACACGUAUCUCAUUAGUGUCGCUGGAAGCGACACAACAGCAGCGACUUUAAGCAAUGUUUUCUUCCACAUCGCCAAAGACUCAACUCUACAAGAUAUUCUUCGAGCAGAAUUGAAUGAAAACCCUGAUCUGUUUGCGGACCAGUUGAGCGGGAUAAAGCUACUGAAUGCUGUAAUAAACGAGACCAUUCGUUUACAUCCAGUAGUACCAUCUGGCAUGCAACGCAUGACUCCCCCGGAAGGUCUUCAAAUCGGCAACACAUACAUCCCUGGUGAUGUGUUGGUUGCAACGCCCAUGCACACACUCUUCAGAGAUGAAAGAGUUUUCCAAUAUUCCAACGAGUUUAAACCCGAGAGGUGGACUACUCAUCCAGAACUCAUCAAGGAUUCCGCUGCCUUCAUCCCGUUUGGAGGAGGUCCAUAUGCGUGCGUCGGAAAGCAGCUGGCAUUAAUGGAAGUACGCCGAGUGGUCGCGGAGAUCUUAACUCGGUACGAGGUUUCUUUCGCCGACAGCUUUACGCCGAUGGAACUUGUUUUCAAGAAUCUACCACAAAAUUAG